AUGUCUCAGACUUUCUCCAAGAAGGACGUGGCCGACCAUGCCACGGAGGAGAAGGGCAUGUAUCUCAUCAUCGAUAACAAUGUCUACACCGUGUCCAAGUUCAAGGACGAGCAUCCCGGUGGCGCCAAGAUCCUGAAGCGCAUGGGAGGAAAGGAUGCCAGCAAGCAGUUCUGGAAGUACCACAACGAGAGCGUCCUGAAGAAGUACGGACCCAAGCUGCUGGUCGGAACCGUGAAAGAGGAUGCGAAGUUGUAG